AUGUCCGCGUUCUUCUUCUCGACACCUGUCGAUAUCGACAUUGUCCUCGAAGAUGCCGAUGAGCGGCAAACAGUCGAUGUCAAGCUUGACAAGAAUAGGCGGGAAAAGGCUCCCUUAUAUCUUGAUGGCGAAUCCGUGAAAGGCGCAGUCACGAUAAGACCAAAGGACGGGAAGAGACUGGAACACACUGGCAUCAAGGUCCAAUUCAUCGGACUGAUAGAAAUGUUCUUUGACCGAGGAAACCAUUACGAAUUCUUGUCAUUAGGACAAGAACUUGCUGCGCCGGGAGAACUGCAACACCCCCAGACCUUUCCCUUCAACUUCAAGAACGUCGAAAAGCAGUACGAGUCAUACAAUGGCAUUAACGUCAAGUUACGGUACUUCGUCCGCGUCACAGUCUCAAGAAGGAUGGCCGACGUCAUUCGGGAGAAGGACAUCUGGGUCUACUCAUACCGGAUACCCCCGGAGACAAACAGCUCUAUCAAGAUGGAUGUCGGGAUUGAAGACUGUCUGCACAUCGAAUUUGAAUACUCCAAGAGCAAAUACCACCUCAAGGACGUCAUCGUUGGAAGAAUCUAUUUCUUGCUGGUCAGAUUGAAGAUCAAACAUAUGGAGUUGUCCAUUAUCCGAAGGGAAACGACUGGUGUCGCCCCCAACCAGUACAAUGAGAGCGAAACGCUAGUGCGGUUUGAGAUUAUGGAUGGUUCACCGUCACGAGGUAUGAUUUGCGCCAGUCGCUCCAUUGCACGGCGGGACGAAGUUUUAAUGUGCACUGGAGACAUCGAAGAUUCCUGGAAUUUAAAAUACAAGCGAGAAGGAGAAUCAAAUGCUGAUGCGAGUCUAGGUGAAACAAUCCCUAUCCGGCUCUUCCUAGGAGGAUUCGACCUGACACCCACCUUCCGAGAGGUGAACAAGAAAUAUUCGACCAGGUACUACCUCAGUCUGGUAUUGAUUGACGAAGACGCCCGCCGCUACUUCAAGCAAUCAGAAAUAGUUCUGUACCGACAGGCGCCCGAAUUGCUUCCCCCACUAGCAACAGACCAGCCCGGCGCCGGCGGCAAGCUGCCCAUCCAUACUCCGCCGACACCUGCCUAA